UUUAGAGCGACUAGAUUUCCCUAAAACUUUAUGAACUUGAGCUAAAGAGAUCAUAUAAGCUUGUUGUCAUACAUUGCACGUGUGAAUAAUCCUUUGUAUGUGAUUUGGAGUACAUCACUUUCAUCAUGAGUCUGAAAAGCAGAAGAUUCUCACUGGACAGCUUCUAUCCUGAUCGAAAUGGACAUUUUGCUGGGAGAAGAGGCAGCACCCUACCUAGCCGUAAGAAAUCUAUUCGGAGCCAAAGUCUGGAUGUUGCUGAAGAAGAGACCCAAAAGCUGCAUCAUGGUCUCAAUUCAAAAAUCUCCCUCAGGGACCAGACCAUAGCAGAGAAGAGCCUAAACAAAUCAGAUGGACUCAUAAACAGCGACAGCUUCCUGAAGCACAAUAAAAUCUUCCACAAACUGUUUGAAGAGAUUCCUGAGGGGGAGAGCCUGACUAAUUCUUUCACCUGUGCCCUGCAGAAGGAGGUGCUGUAUCAUGGAAAACUAUUUGUUUCUGAGAACCAUGUGUGUUUCCACUCAUCUGUUCUGCUCAAAGACACCAAGCUGGUGAUUCCUGUUUCCAGUGUCAGCAAGGUCAAGAAACACAACUCGGCUCUGUCUAUGCUGUCUAUUCAAACAUCCAGUGGACAGAAGUACUCAUUGGUGUCUAUGAGGAACCGUGACAAGUGUUAUGAACUCCUUGAAAGUGUCUGCUCACAUGCACAGGAGGGGAGUGCAAACAGCAGCCCACAUCUUUCCUCCGGAGAAAAUGAAACUCACAGUGAAAGGCUCUCCAGUCUUUCCAGUUUGGAGGACAGUGUAGAUCUUGAUUUGACCAGCAGCUAUCUCGACAACACCUUUCCUCAGAUGUCUAGUGAAGGUGGAGGUCCAAGUAGAUGCUGUUCCACCUGUCAAAACAGCCUAAUUGAAGAAGACCACAUAGAUGAGCCGAGGAUUUAUAGGGCCACUGAGAAAGUUGCACCACCUUCCCUCUUCAGAAAAAUGAAGAAUUUUGGCGCUCUCUUCUAUAUCUACAUGAUAAUGCUGUUGUUGCUGCUGUUGGCAUCUGGAUACAUCGGGCUAAGGAUUACAGCUCUGGAGGAGCAACUGAACUUUUUGGGAGCACUGUCUGAUUUAUCUUCACACUACAGAGAGUACCAGGAAAGAUAGCACUGGCAGCAAACUGAUGACAAAAGCAACUUAACACCAAAAUUCUGUCAGUUUUGUUCACAAUAUACAUUUAAAUAAAACAAGUGGUGAACUGCAUGGUAGACUGAUUGUGCUGGCAGAGAGUCAUCAGGACGUUUUCAGUUCGGAGCACACUGAUUCUCUGCUGACGGAUCAAAAACUGAAGGCAGGCUCUCCUGCACAAAAGCCAUAUGGAGGCAGCCUGCUGAAGACUUGUUUAUUUCCUGGCCAGUGAACAGCUGAGCUCAGCAAGCAGAAGUUGCUGGAGUCUUGGCUGUUUUUUUCCUUGAAUUAACACAAUCUAGAAGUGUGAGGACACACUGGAAUUGAACUCAGUUAAAAUAAAAGAAAUUAUGUUAUUGCUUUAUUAUACAUGUUAUAUUAUGAAUUCAAGAGUUCACAUAGUGAGUUCAGUGAUUUAAUUAAGUUGGAUGCUGUAACAUUAGUUAACCAGCAGAGGGCAUUCACUCCCAAUAAAUUCAUUAAACUUCAUUAAAUUUUUCAUUUUUUCAUAAAUUUACUGACUUUGCUCAGGAUUGAAAUGUUAAUAUUCGUCUACUGAUCACUUGCCAUCAAUAUAAAUAUUAAGGCUCAUUUAUAUUUUGCUGAGUGAUAAUUUUUCCAUGACCAAACUUAAGGAAAUUUAAGUGUUCCAACUGUGUUCAUGUGCACAUGAAGAUGUUCAAAUGAUACAUCUGCUCCUCCACUGUACUGAUUUAAAUAUGCAUGCAGUGUUUAGACAGAACUGCAGUUAUUUCAACCAUGACUUAUUCUGGUAGUUUGUUUUGUUUUGACAUACUGAAAGAAUUUUUCCUCUGUCAUGCAAUACAAAUAUUUUUGGCAUUGUGUACAUAGAUAUAUUGCAAUGAAUUUGGUUAAUUUAUGGAUUGAAAUCAAACUUGUCUCUUUGAUGUUUUGUACAUAAGUGAUUUUUAUUAUUUUGUUGUCCAUAAAAAGGUCAAGAUUCA